UGGAGACUCCGCCUUGAGUCAUCUAGCCUUUAUGUCUAGUGAACAACUGGUUAAAAAUCCUUUCAGCCCAGGAGUCGAGUAGUCUGACUGCAAGACGCGCCCAUUGACGCGCCCAUAUAUCUCUCCGGUGAAGAAAAAAAGAAAAAGAAGAGUCUCGGCAAGAAGGUUGUCCCCACUAUUCAGACAUGUUGCGUGUGUUUUUGACAGUUCCUGCUAUCUUUUUUGGUCUUUCCGAUGGUGCGCAAUUCUCGACAGAGUGCUAUGGCAGAAGUUUCACAAUGCCAUCUUAUUAUUCAGCCAGUCUCGACAAAGGACCAUUGUAUUUCAGUCCAAUUGAUGGAGGACCCCGAAGAGUAUUAAUAGAAAAUGGGGAGGUAAAGGACCCCCGCAUCCAGGUUUCCGGGAGCUCAGUGAUUUUGACACAUUUGACUGAAAAAGAUAAUGGAAGAUUUGGAGUCUUAGGUGCUGGUGACCGUGUAUACUAUAUUGCCACACUGGAAAUUGAGGAUUGUGCUGAUGAAAGGAACGUGCAGUAUGGGAAUGAAGUGAGGUACAAGUUCAACACAAAGGUUGAAUUCCUGGAGUUCACUCCCCAGCAUUCUCUAGACCAACCAGUGAUCCUGUGGAAUCGCACAGAUGCUGGGACAAGAGGGCAUGUGAAGAACAAUGUCUGGGUGAUGUCCCGUGCCACCCAGGCAGACAAAGGCUACUACAACUUCAGGCGUAAAGACAAAUAUUUGGUUUCAAGGCUUCAUCUUGAGGUGGAAGAGGUUCACAGCCACUAUGAGGGAGUACCGCACACAGUCCUGCGGAUCGAUUAUCCUUGGACUGGUGGAGAAUGGACUGUAACCUAUAAGUCUAUGGAGACACAACACAGUGAAAUAGUUAUUAAGAAUGGCAAUAAAGUCUGGAGAGAACAUACGUUCUCUGGGAGAAUCCAUGUUUUUGAAGAUCAUUUUGAGAUUGAUCCCUUAGAAGGCACAGACGACGGCACUUUUGAGUUCAGAGAUCCACAAGGGAACCUGGCUUUAGUUGCGCUACUUAGUAUGAUCCCUGACGAAGAUGCAAGCGGCAUAGCUUCUAUUGUUGCAGUUGCCAUUGGGGUUUUAUUGAUGGGGAUUAUCUGCUGUUGCUGUUGUAAAAAAAAAUGUUGUAAAAAGGACAAACCCACUUCUCAGACUGAAGCAGCACCUAACGUGUAUUAUCAUUCUCCAGAUCACCCUUCAGGCACAGCAUCACCGGCUGCACCAGUUCCACCGUAUUCUUCAGUUUUCGCUAGAAUGCCGGUGAAUACUGCAGCCCCUUCAGAGCCAACAGAUCACUCACCACUGACUUACCAACCAGUAAAUGUCAACGUGAACCCUCCUCAGGCAGAGUCGACAAACCAAUCGCAGUUUGCAGCUCUAGCUCCAGCUCCUACUUUUGGUUUGGACCUUCUCUCUUCAGAUUCUGAGCCGAGGUUUGAGCUGAAAGGCCUGAACUUUCCUUCUGCUCCUCCUCUCAGUUCAGAUACACCUUCCUGUAAUGUUUACAAUUCAGACAAACUAAACUUCUUGUAAAGCGCAUGCUUAACAUUCUUGUGAGGUCCAGGUAAAAUCAACUAUUUCUUAUUGUGUGUGGACUUUGCAAAAUACACAGUAUGCAGAUACAAUAUUAUAAUACAGUUGUAAAUACACAGAUUAAAAACCAUAGAGAUUUUUAGAAACAUUUCGUUCACAUUUUAUUUUUCAGGGAGUUAAAACUUAUAAAUGUUUUAUAUCUGCUGUCGUUGACACAUAAAAUGCUCUGGGAACAAACGUUAUACUAUAUAUCGUAUAUUUUAUCAGUUUGCCUCGUUGUGGUUUAGUUUGCUAAGAAGGUUGCAAUCAAGAAGAAAGUUAAUGUCAUUUCACUGAGUUAUAAAUUAGUUUAAAGGUCCCACGUUAUGCUAUUAUGCUAGUCCUAAUUGGUUUAUUCUUGUGGAAAAUCCCAUUAAAUACUCUAUAAUAUGUUCUUUCCCACUAGGUAAACAUAAUGAUUUUAAAAGCAUAAAUGAUGAUUGUUAUAGAUAAAUCUGAUAAAUAAAUCAUUGUAACGUCUGUAUCAGUCUGCACUCUCUGUACAGGUCAAGGCUAAAAAUGCUCCUCAGAGUAGUUUUGGUUUAAUCCAAGUGGCCAGGGCUACAUUUCCCAUCACAUUUAUGCUGACUAAGUACUCAAUCAGCUAGUUUGCUGUGGAGCGCAACCGAAUUACAAAGCAAACUAAAAAAAAAAAAAAUUAAAAAGCUCCAUUUGUUACUAAAUCAAUAAAAUAUUUAUGUUACUGUUCCUGAUUUGGCUUCCUCAGCCUCCAGCAACAUCUCCACUCUGCUGUUGUUACUUUUCUGGUAUAAUCAAAGACGUAAUAUGUCAAAACUACCUUUCACAAAUCAGUAUCAAAGAAGUAUUAUUCAUGGAGUGGAUGUGGAUGGUAAAGUCUCUUGUGGAGCCGGACGUUUUGGACCACAGAUUUGUUCUGGGGAGCAACGGUGAUCAACGCCCAUGGCAAAAGCUGUUGCUGGAUGCUUUUAAAUGGAAAAUAAUGAGUUUAAAAAACAAUGUACCUGUUAUUAGUGUGAGUGACUGGAUGAUCUUUCAUUCACAAACCAGUUCACUUUACAGUUCAGGGUUUCCCCUAUCAUUCAUUUGGAAGGGUGGGGUGCAGAUGUGGUUGCUUGAGAGUCCAGUCAGCGAAAGCAGGUUUUUUUUUUUUAAACAAAUGGAUUGAACUGACUGCUUGAAUGAACAUUUUUUGUUUUUAAGAUGUUUACAUGACCACUACAAGGGGUUGUGUUUUUUUUCUACUGCUGCCACAUACUGUAAUCCAAAAGCUGGACAAGUGGUUUUGCUGUUUUAACAUUUAUUAAAUCUUAAGUUUGUGUGAAGCUUUUUUCUGUUUUAUUUUUAUUCUGUUUUUAAUCUGGAUUUUAACAACUACUAUAUCUAUGUAGUGCUUUCAUAACUUAUUUUUGAUAUGGUGUAAAAACAUGUAUAUAAAAUGCAUUAAAGAUUAAUAAAUCUUGUUGAAUUUC